AAUGGCUGCUAGUAAAAUUCCCGAUUGGUUCAGUGCGGAACUUUUCGAAGAUGUACUCAAAUCGAGUGUCGAGGGAUACUCAAAAGUCAGAAGCUUCAAGGCGGAAAGUGGAUCCGCGGCUGGGGACAACUACGCCACAAUUAUGCUGCGAGUUAACAUCGAAGUGGAACUGCAAGAUGGUACAACUAAACAGGUGUCGUACAUGGUUAAGUUGCCACAUCAGAACGAUGUAUACAAGGAAAUGAUGAAGCACACCAACAUCUUCGAAAUCGAGCGCACAAUGUACAAUGAGGUUGUUCCCGAGAUGGAGGCUAUUUACAGGGCGGCGGGUGUGGAGGUCACGUUUGGAGCCAAGAGCUACGAUCUGGGAGCCAAGAGCUACGAUCUGAGGGAUGCCAAGAGCGAAUACAUAGCUCUAGAGGAUCUGUGCACCAAGGGGUUUAAGAAUGUCAACCGCCUCGAGGGACUAGAUCAAGCGCAUACGGAGAGAGUUCUCCGGAAGUUGGCCCAGUGGCAUGCCGUAACCGCUGUGCGGAUAGACACCAAGGGGCAGUAUCCAGAAAUCGUGCUGAAGGGCUUCUUCAAGGAGGAAAACAAGCCGAUGAUGAACGAAAUGAUGAACGGCAUGGGCCAGAUAUUCCUCAAAUGCUGUGCCACCUACGAAGGUAACGAGGCAUACAUAGAAAAAAUCAAAGCCCUAAAACCAGUCGUAAUUGAUGAGAUGUUCAGGUUGGGUGAGGUUGAUCCUACGGAUUUUAAUGUGCUGAACCACGGCGAUUCCUGGUCGAAUAACAUUAUGUUCCAGUACGAUGAUUUUGGCCAGAUCAAGGAGGUGUAUAUGGUCGACUAUCAGGUAUCGAAGUACGGAUCUGUGGCUCAGGACUUGCUCUACUUCCUAAUAUCUUCCACGAAGCUGGAAGACAAGUUGAGCAAAUUCGACUACUAUAUUAAGGUGUACCAUGAUAAUCUGGUGGAGCACCUCAAGAUCCUGAAGUACUCCAAGCCAGUGCCAAGUUUGCGAGACAUUCACAAAACGUUGUUCAAGUAUGGUCUUUUUGCAUACUCCGUGGCCACUGGUGUAAUGGCAGCUGUCCUUGUUGAUCCAACAGAAAACGCCAGUUUUGAGAACUUUGUUGGCGACUCCGCCGAGGGAGUGGACUUCCAGAUGCAAAUGUACAACAAUGCCCGAUACCGAAAACACAUUCAGGCAAUCCUGCCCUGGCUGCUUAAUCGCGGCGCCCUGGAUAUCAAUUAGAAAAUGAAUUCCCGCAGGAAACGCUCAAAUCCGUUAUUGUGGCUCAUAGAGCUCGGAACCAAGUAUUAAAAUAAAUAAAAUAUAGACAAAGAC